AAGUGUUUGAGAGAUGAUUGUUUUCCUGGAGCACCCGGAACACUGGGAGAACACUGAAGUGGAGCUGGCCACGAGAGGGGUGAAACACCUGAACUUUUAUGACGUCGUGUUGGACUUCAUCCUGAUGGACUCAUUUGAGGACCUGGAGAAUCCUCCCAUUUCCAUCCAGAACGUUGUCAACAAUCGUUGGCUCAACUCGUCCUUCAAAGAGACGGCGGUGGCGUCUAGCUGUUGGUCGGUGCUGAAACAGAAGAGACAACACAUGAAAGUGCAUGAUGGGUUCAUAGCCCACUUCUACUCUGUGUGUGAGCAGGUCAGUCCUGUCCUUGCCUGGGGCUUCCUAGGGCCUAAGACCUCCCUACACGACUUCUGCUGCUUCUUCAAGGAUCAGGUGCUGUUCUUCCUGAAGGAUGUCUUUGACCUGGAGAAGGUGCGUUACUGCAGUGUGGAGACUCUAGCUGAGGACAUUCUCCACCUCCUCCAUCGCCGGUCUGAGCUGCUGUUAGCCUACCUGAGGGCCGACUCCCACUCCCUGCAGCACAUCAACAGCUGCGUCGCCGCCACCCCCUUCACCACAACAGGCAGCCCCCAACUCCACCCCUCUGCCCUGGAAGAGGCAGCGGGAAGCCAGAUCUGAGAAGAUUGGAUGGGUCUCCAAAAGUGCAUUGUGGGGGGGUAGGGUUGAUUUGGGAUUGGGCAAGAGACUGCAGUGAGACACCCAGUCCCAAAGUAACUGCUAGCCACUUAUGGAGAAUGGUUAAGGGGGUUGAUUGGUCAGAGACUGAAACUGAGCUAGUUUCCCAACCCUUGUUUCAACCCAGAUUGACAGAGAUCUCUUUAUAAAGGCCCCAUAUAAUGAUGACUGACUGGAACAUUUUCAUACUUUUCUGUCACUCAAAAAAGCUUCUUCUCUCCACACACAAUGAUCAUGGUGUCAAUGCAUGUUUUAUGUUUUCCCCAUACGAAAUCAUGUUAAGUAACCUUGGAAUGAGUGAUGUUUUUGACAGAAUGACUUUUCAUUGUAAAUGCAGACAGUAUUUUAAUGGGACUAUCUAUGGACAUGAGGGUUGCAAAAUUCCGGUAAGCUUCCCAAAAGUGUUUGGUUAGAAGAUUCCUGGAAUCAGGAGAGAAUAAGUAGGAAAUAUGGGAAUCCUCCAACUGGAAUUGCAGGAAAAAUGUUGGGAAAGUUCCCAGAAUUUUGCAACCCUAGACAUCAGUCUGAGCUGUUUUAUAAGCUAAACAAUGCGGUUUCAUUUUGGUAUUUAUUUGACUGAUUGAAAGUUUGUGACUGGCAUCUAGAUAUUUAGAGGUCAUGGUAUCCAACUGUUCCCUGCCAGUGUCUUGUAGAAGUCUAUGGAAAGGACCAUGGCACAACGAUUUUAUAUGGUCAUUUCAUUUGUCUAAUAUAAACAAAGUAUAAGGCUUACUGCUCUAGAAUGUUAAUAAAAAUGAGGUAAGUCAAGGGGGUGCUACGAAAUGAAAUGUCAAAAUGUAGGUUUCUAUGCCCUAUCAUUAUAAAUCGCAUAAGGAAUCAUUAAAUAGUUAUCAGCAAUAUUAUAACCUUCAUGUAUGUAUGUGCCAGUGUUGAUUAAAGAAGAACGUUAAUAUGCUGUGACCCGUU